UGUCGUGUUUGUGCAGAAACAUUACCUUCAUUUGUUCAACUUGAAAAUCAUUACAGAACUCACCCAGACAGUGGACAGAAACCCUAUGUCUGUGGGGAAUGUGGCAAACAGUUCGGUCAUCGUUCGAAUUUAAACACUCAUAUCAAACUACAUACUGGAGAUCGACCUUAUUUAUGUGAAUUUUGUGGCAAACAAGACAGUGAUAUCGGAAAUUUGUUCAAACAUAUGAAAGUUCAUGAAGCUGACAAA